AUGUCUCUGGAGGCCAUUAAGUUCGAUUCGCAGAGGGUGACGCUGGAGAUUUUGAACCAGCUGCUGGUCCCGUACGAUACGCAGUACCUGUCUGUGCGCAGCAUGGUGCCGUGCGACGGCGACACGUCAUUUUCUGGAUACGAGGCCAUCAGGGGCAUGUACACCAGAGGAGCGCCGGCCAUCAUGCUUGUGGGGUGCUUUUCCGUGGUUGUGGAGCUGGACAGGGUGAUCAACAAGAACGACAACCCGUUUGGGUACAAGCUGGACGACCUGGCCGAGUUUAAGGCGCAGCUGGAGCAGAGAAUUGACUUUCUGGUCGAAUCCAGACCAACGGCCGUCAACCUGCUCAAUGGCUGCAACCAAAUGAAAAAAAUCAUCCAGGACGCACAGAGCAUGAGGGAGCUGUACUCCGGCGUGUUGGACUUCACCAUCAGGCUGUACAGGGACGAUUUGGAGUCGAACUACUCCAUAGGAGCGAACGGAGUGAAAUACAUCUACGAGGAGCUGGAGAAAGAGGGAUUCACGGGCGAGUUCUCCGUCAUGACCAUCUGCAACACGGGCUCGCUGGCGACUUCGGGCUACGGAACAGCUCUGGGAAUCAUCCGUGCCCUGCACAAAGAGGCCCAGACCAACCCGACUAGGAUGAGCCACGUGUACGCGUGCGAAACUAGGCCGUACAACCAGGGCUCGAGACUGACGGCAUACGAGCUGCAGUACGAGAAAAUCCCAUUCACCCUCGUCACUGACAAUAUGGUGUCGUUUUUGGUGGACUCGCUAGUGCGCCAGAAGACCGAUAGAGCGCUGCCCAGCGCGGCUCCAAUUAAAUUUAUCAUCGUGGGAGCAGACAGAAUAGUGAAAAACGGAGACCUUGCCAACAAGAUCGGCACGUUCCAGCUCUCGCUGAUUGCGUCGCUGUACCCGUCGAUCAAGUUCAUCGGAGCAGCCCCUACCACGACGAUCGACUUCACCAGAAAGUCCGGAGACGAGAUCGUGAUUGAGCAACGGCCCAAGAACGAGCUCACAGAGAUUAUGGGAGCAGCCCUCGAUAAGGACGGUUCCUUUGUACAGGGAAAAGACGGUAUCCAGCUCCAGAAAGUCCGAAUGGCGCCGGCCGGCAUCGACGUGUGGAACCCGUCGUUCGACGUGACGCCGCACGAAAAUAUCGACUGCAUCGUGACGGAGAAAAAAUACUUCUUGAAAAAAGACGGGGUGUUCAAUCUCGAAUAG